AUGUCGUCUAUAGCUCCAAUCGCGACGUUCGGCAACGUCGUUCCGCAGGCUCUCUACGCGGUACACAGUGGCGCUUAUACCUACGGUGACGAAUCAGUCCUUAUGCUCACACUGAAAUCCUUCCUUACAUUCAUAGCAGUACCUAACGGCACACUACUUGUCCCUGCGUCCAUCGGUGACGGCGCUCAUGGCGGGUCCGGUCAGGCACAAAACAGUCGCGUGUUCACUGUGAGGGAAGCUAGCGGCGAAGGUCCAUUCACGACCUAUCCGCCAGAGCAUGGUGAAGACAACGAGAAGCAGUUGCUCUAUACGUACGGUCGCUUCCAUGACCCCGCAUCUGCACUCGGCAGGAUUCCUGGGUCACAGGGAACAUGGACGGCUUUCGUAGAAGUGCCUACUCCUGACGACAACAGGCCAACUCUGCUUGGACUCAGCGUUCUCAUAAAAUAUGCGACUACCUUCGACACGGCGAACUCCACCAUCCAGACCGAUGUCAUCCUCACUACUCAUCAGCUCCGCACCGACACUAUUAUCACCGGUGCUGGUGGGUAUGGUGUCGACCUUGGUAUCUAUACCAAGGGAAGCCUUGAUGAGUACGCCCCGCGAAUGAUCAAGCAUGAGGAAGCACUGCGUCUCUCGACAAACCUCGCCAUCAAGAGCAACACGGGGGGAGACCAGUGGAGCCACUACAUCGAAAAUCAAGACAUUUCUCCGAACGUUCGCGUAGGCAGAGGAUCGCACCUGUACAUCGCGUUCCACGUUGCCGAGUACUGCACCAUUCGUACUCUCCGCACCCUGUCUAUCGAAGCUUCAGCUAUCUGGCAGAAAGAAGACGUUGAGUUGAAGGCAAAGGCGAAAGCGAAAGAAGAGGCAGACAAACAAGCCAAGAAGGAGGAAGAAGAGAAGCAGGCGAGAGAUGAGGCAAGAAAGUGGAUGGAGGACGCAAAGAAGUGGAUGGAGGACGAUCGUGAAGCAAAGGCCGAGGAGAAGCGGGUUAGAGAUGAAGCCCGGAGAAGCAAGGCAGGCGAGGAGAAACGAGUCAGGGGGGAAAGCAAGCAAGCAAGACAGGGGGAGCAUAACGACAAGCCCGCCGUUCCCAGUGCCUCCGCCGUUCAGGACAGCCAGCCAGCCACCCUCGGGGCCCCCAAGCCUACCAUCUCUAGUGCCCCCGCUGUUGCCGACGCGGAUAUGCAGGCUUUGAUCAAAGAGAAGGCAGCACAAUUGGGUAGAACGUGUCCGCAGGGGUUCGCAUGGCAAAAGGCCGAAAAUGGUUACAAAUGCGAAGCUGGUGGCCACUUCCUUACCUUCGAGGAGCUCGAAAUGAACUGA